UGUUCCUAAGUAUAUUCUACAUGGAUGCUCCUGUCAUCCUUAGACAGAGUUUUACCACUUUAUUUCCAAUCUGGAUGACUUUUAUUCCAUUUUAUUGCCUAAUUUCCCUUUCUAGGACCUUCGGUUCGACAUUAACCAUAAGUGGUAAGAGUGGUGUAAGGGCAUAUACAAAUGAAAAAUAAGAGGCGUAAUAUUCUGCUAAAAAUGAAGUGACAUCCCUCCUUGUAGAUUAUUUUCUUUGUAAAGUUGUAAAUUCUUUGCGCUCUUGAGAAUGAACCACAAAUCUUCUUAAAUGUCUCUUGGCAGUUUUACAGCCUAGAAUGUCUUUCCCAAGGACCUCAGAACCAUCUGUUUGAAAUGUAACAGGGAGCUGGCACUUCUGUCUCCCAGAGUCUGUGAGAGGGUAGAAGCCUAAACUUUGGUGGUCGGGGUCUUGAUCCAAGUUGCAAAACUACCUCCUGUCAUAAAGAUAGGAGAAGCUUGUUUUUUUAACUUGUAAAACCAAUAAACUAACACAGGUGGUCAUCCAAUUACCAGGCAAAUUUAGGGCAAACAAUGUGUGAUAAAGGAUGCUGUGAAGUCCUCCUACUUGAGAAUUAGUUAUUGUUUAUUUUUGCAACAUUUAUGUGAUGGGAUGUAUCUGCUUGGCUAUAAAAAGGUGAGAUUUCUUUCUGUCCUUGGAUUGUCUUUGAGAUAUAUCCCGCCAUUCAAUGAUAAGAUUGUUUUCUUUGUCUUCUGCCUGAGUGGCUAAGUUUUCUAGGUUCGGAGAAGAUUUGUUUUAAAUUAGAUUUCCCUAACAAUUUCGGCGAUAAGAAUGGUGAUUCCUGACCACUCUAAUGCUAAAUCGGGUAUGCUUUCUCAUCAAUGAAUGUCUGAAAGGACGAACGAAAUAAGAGAGGUAUGACACUGUCGAUGUUACAAUAUAAAUAGAACACAGACUGUCUCUGGAAGAAAUUCUGCAGGUGCAUUUUGCAGUAGAAACUGCUAGGAGAGCCAAUUCAUCAGGGAAAUGGAAUUAAUGAAAGAGGUGUGUAUUUAGAUUCUUAGAAUUCAUUUCGGAUAAGCAGUGAGUCAAACUGUACUAUCGGUGCCUCCUGCUUGUACCUUAUUUGCUAAAUCGGGCAGUUAUACCCAAAGUCUCCUAAGCCUGAAGGCUGAUUCCGAAGGAGGUGUCGCCAGGGUCGUAGGAAACUCAGCGCGCGCUUCCUGCUCGGGCGCAGGAGCCGCUCGGGGCCUUCUGCGCAUGUGCGCUGCGCUCCUCCCGGUAGUUCUCGUCGCCGCCGUGGCAUCGCGAGAAGACGGUCCCGGAUGCUCUCGCGACUGAGGGCCUGGGGGCAGGCGGGGAGAACGUGGUAGGUGAGACCCGGGUGGCUGUGGUGGUUGUUGGUGACCCGUGGGACGGAGGCCCCGUGCGGGAGGGGCCGGUGACGGAGGAAACGGCUCGGUGCCUGAGCGCGGGGUGAGUCCUGCUCCGUCUGUAUGCAUCGAAUGAGAACCAGCGCGUCCCCGCGCUUAUUACCCAGCGAAGGUUCGUGUUGUCGUCUCCGAGGUGAAGGGUCGCCCGAGGCCUCGGGAUUAUUGUCAUUCGGGGAUGUGACUGUGGGCUUCACUGAGGAGGAGUGGCAGCGCCUGGACCCUGCUCAGAGGACCCUGUACAGGGACGUGAUGCUGGAGAACUACAGCCACCUUGUCGCAGUGGGGUUAUCCAUUCCUAAACCAGAAGUGAUCCUCAAGUUGGAGCAAGGAGAGGAGCCAUGGAUAUUAGAGUCCCCAGGCCAGAGUGACCCAGAAUUAAUUAAUAGCAGUAGAAACUAUUCAAGAAAGAAGUUCAGUGAGUUUAACAAAGGUAGAAAUUGGCUCCAUAAUGAUAAGCAUGAAGGAAUUUAUUCUGAAGAGAAACUUUAUAAAUAUAAUAAAAAUGGGAAUGGCCUCCAUCUUAAUGAAGAUUUUGUUCACCGUCAGAAAAUUCAAAUUUUGGAGCAACCUUUUGAAUACAGUGAAUGUAGGAAAGCUUUCCAUGAGAAUUCACUCUUUGUUGUACAUAAGAAAACUUACACAGGAAAGAACUCCUGUGAACACACUGAUUAUGGGAAGAUCUUCUGUGAUAUGUCAUCCCUCAUGGCUCAUCAGAGAACACAUCCAAGAGAGAAUCAGUAUGAAUUUAAUGAAUGUGGAGAAAAUUUCUUUGAGGAAUCCAUUCUCUUUGAGCAUCAGAGUGUUCAGCCUUUCAGCCAGAAGUCAAACUUCAUUCCAGUUCAGAGAAGCCACUCAAUUGACAAUGUGAUUGAAUAUAAUGAAUGUAGAACGUUUUUCAGUGAAAAGCUAGUCUUUGGUGUACAACAGAGAACACGCACAGGAGAAAAACCUUAUGAGUGUCAUGAUUGUGGAAAAACCUUCAACCAGAAGUCAGCCCACACAAGACAUCAGAGAACACACACAGGGGAAAAAUCUUGUGAAUGUCAGGAAUGUGGGAAAACUUUCUACAAGAAUUCAGACCUCAUUAAACACCAGAGAAUUCACACAGGGGAGAAACCUUUUGAAUGUCAGGAAUGCGGGAAAUCCUUCAGUGAAAAGUCAACCCUCACUCAACAUCGAAGAACACACACAGGGGAGAAACCGUAUGAAUGUCGUGAAUGUGGGAAAGCCUUCUCGUUCAAGUCAGUCCUUACUGUACAUCAGAAAACACACACAGGGGAGAAGCCCUACGAGUGUUAUGAAUGUAGGAAAGCCUUUCUUAGAAAAUCAGACCUCAUUAAACAUCGAAGAACUCACACAGGGGAGAAACCUUAUGAAUGUAAUGAAUGUGGGAAAUCCUUCUCUGAGAAGUCAACCCUUACCAAACAUCUGAGAACUCACACAGGUAUUAGAUAUGAAAACACAGCACGCUGGGACCAGCAGUUGGAAGCAAGUCAGAGGCUCAUGCAUCUGCAGAAGAAGAGAAGAUUUUUAGCAAGGGGACCCACCAGGAGGACUUUCGGAUGCCCAGAGUGGAAGUCAGAACAGGCCUGCCACAAAGGAUGAGAAAGGUGUGGUGAUGUGCACACUUGCAUCAGACGUGUUGAAUGCAACUGGAAGAGAUGAUCAUCGUGGCUAAAGUAUCGCUAACAUUGAGCAGAUGAGAAAAUGUGCUGAGGAUGAUGAGAGCCAGAUCAAAGGUUUUCAUGAAAAUGGAGAGGGGAAAGUUAGAAAAUCCCGGGGUGUUGGAUUGGAAUGCAACUCACAGAAAUUGUGUGUGUGGUGUGUGUGUGUUAGAUGGAUCUGUCUGCUGAGAGGGCCUACACACAGUGACACCCCAGGAGCAGUGUGCACACCAAAUGCCAGGUUACUAAUGUCUAAAUGCUGCCCUCCACCAAAAAAGGGACUGUCUCUGGAGUGAUGGCUGGUUUCAGAUAAAAGAUGGGGAGAAAUACAUGAUAAACCUGAAUCAUCUUACCUGCCAGACAGUAAAAAAAUUUUCAAAUAAUCAUGGAGUCAAAAGAACCACCUUGGUCAGGUUCCACUGGCCAGAUUUGAGACAGUUUGAACAUAGCAUCAGAAUUAUUAAUUCCCAUUAAUAAAAUGGGAGUCCAUUAAUGUAUAGUGAUAUAGAUAAAUUUGUAAAUUCAUAAAGGAGAAGGGAAGACUUGUACAGAAGAAUGCCAGUUAAUAAAUGUAGGGAGAAUAAUGGACAUAGAAAAACACCAUUGGGCAACCAUUGGAGGGGCAGUUGAUUCAGGAGGUAGUUGUCAGCAUAGACUAGAGUCUGUGAGUAGAGCUUUGAUGAAGAACAGGAUAUGGCAUAAUCUUCAGAUAUCUCCCCACAAAAUACCCAUCAGCUGCAGAGGUGAAAGGGUGAUUUUGUGAUUAAACCUGGCAGACACCAGCAUGAUCAGGCAAUCAAAGUUCACCUCACCAGUGGAGUAGGACAGGUCAGCAUGAUGUGUCCCCUGAUGAGAUGCACUGAGAAGAGGCAGCAUCAUUUGUGUGGUAUUUUCGCCAAGAAAGCACGACCUGUAGGAUGCCUGGAUAGCUUAGUGAGUUAGGUGUCCAACUCUUGAUCUCAGCUCAGGUCUUGAGCUCAGGGUCAUGAGUUUAAACCCUGUGUUGGGCUCCACACUGGGUGUAGAGUCUACUUAAAAGAAAAAAGAAAAGAAAGCUUGACCUGUGUUUAUUUAGGAGGAAACAUCAGGUGAAUCCAUAUGAAUGGUUGUUUUAGUGAAUGCAAAGCCUAUAGUUUUUUAUUAUGUGAAAGAUACGAAAAAGACUGAGAGGCUGUUUCAGAUUAGAGGUGACUGGAAAUAAUUUUAAAAUAAAAAUGAAGACCAGACAUUGGUAGAACAGUUGGCAAAAUUCGGUGUAUGGAUUGGAUGGUCGUGUUUAUCAAUGUUUGUUUCCUGAUGUGGAUGAUUGCUGGGUGGUUCUAUAGGUUAGUGCCUUUGGGGAAAAUACACACUGGAAUAUGUAGAGGUAAUGGAGCCUCAUGGCUGCAGCUUGCUUUAAUUUUUUUUAAUGUUUAUUUUUGAGAGCGAGACUGAGUGGGGAAGGGGCAGAGACAGAGAGAGGGAGGCACAGAAUCUGAAGCAGGCUCCAGGCUCUGAG